AUGUCAAAUGUAGUGCACAUAUAUGAAAAGUUGUUUUACAUUACAAGGACACAACAAACAUUUUAUCUGACUCCAGAUGAAAUAGAGCCACAUAGAGAAAUCCAAUCUAAAAGAUUUGUGCCCAAGAUCAUGUUUAUAUGUGCCGUUGCAAGACCAAUCUUUUCUAGUGAAGGUGAGAUGAUUUUUGAUGGAAAGAUAGGCAUAUCUCCUUUUACACAUGAAGUGGCAGCACAAAGAAGUUCAAAAAACAGGAAGAGAGGUGAGCCAGAGACCAAACCAAUACAAUCAAUCACUAAAGUACACACAAGAGAUAUGAUUGUGCACAAGAUACUACCAGCAAUUAGAAGUAAAUGGCCACCACAUUUAAGCAAAACGAUAUUUAUUCAACAAGACAAUGCUAAGCCACACAUUUUAGAUGAUGAUGUAAUGUUUAGAGAGGUGGCAACACUUGAUGGAUUUAGCUUCCACUUAGUGCAACAACCUCCUAACUCACUAGAUAUGAAUUUAGUAAACGUAGUGAGUGCAGUAUUUGACAAUCCACAUCCAAAGGCAUUGAUGUAUGUAUGGAUCACGCUACAAGCAUGUAAAGUUGAGGUUAUUAAGAACCUAGGUGGUAUAGAUUAUGACAUUCCACACAUGAAAAAAUCAAAACUUGCAAGGGAAGAGAGACUCCUACAUUUUUUGGGGGUACAAUAG